UGCGGCGGGGGUGCAGCUCUGGCCGUUCGCCCAGCCCUGGAAAACCACGCCAGUCAUUUUUGUUUUGAUAAGGAUACGGAUACAAAAAGAGCGUGGCCUGGAAAAAUUGCAGAAACGGCGGAGAAAGCGCCCCAAAACCGAGCGAAAGCGGUGCGAACUGAUCGUCGGGCGGUGCGCGACAAACUGGACGCCCAUUCGAGCAUCCCCAGUCGCUACGUGGAAGCGUAGGCAGCGUGUGGAGUGGAAGAAGAGGAGGCGAAGAAGAAGAAGCAGCAGCAGAAGUACACAGAAGUGCAACCAGACGGCUAAAAUAACAAAUCAAAGAGGGCCAAAAAGGAGCGGCAGCGGAGGCGACCAAGACGGGGGGGCGGGGAAUGGCCGAGGGUCGUCGGUGGCUGCCAUUGUAUAACGCCGAUGGGCAGACUGUAGACCCGCGCUAGGAACCCACAUCUCGAAUACCAUGCAUCUGAACCAUGCGACCGCCGCGACGGCAGCCAUGGCCAACUAUCAGCACUACCAGCUGCCAGCCUCGCAUGGUGGCGGAGGAGGUGGCGGUGGUGGAGGUGGAGCCAAUGGUGGAUCUGGGCCCGGACCCAAUUCCGGGCAGCAGCAGGCCACCACCGUGGCCAGCCUGCAGCAGAGCCACUUUGCCCUGCACCAACUGACCGCCGUGCAGGCCAUCCAGCAUCCCACCCACCAAGCCAUGCUCCAUCCACAGCACCCGCUGGUCCACCUGCUGGACAUCUCCACCACCACGGCGAAUAGUGGCGGCGGCGGUGGAGGCAAUCACACGCCCAUUUCGCCCAUGAAACAGGAGGUGCAGAGCGUCAUCAGCGAGGAGGAGGUGGUGGUGGACGAUCCGCGCAAGAAGAAACAAUGCCACGUGUGCAAGAACAAGUUCCGGCAGCUGACCACGUUACGCAACCACAUGAAGAUCCACACGGACGAGCGGCCCUACAAGUGCAAGCACUGUGACAAGGCCUUCCGCCAGAUCUCGACGCUGACCAACCACGUGAAGAUCCAUACCGGCGAGAAGCCGUUCACCUGCAACAUCUGCGCCAAGGACUUUCGCCAGCAGAGCACCUUGAUCAAUCACAUCAAGACGCACAAGGCGGCGGAGUCCAGCACGCCGACGUCGCUGCUGAACUAUCAGCCGCAGACGGGCAGCGGCAAGCACAGGAAGUCGCAGAUGCACCAGGCCUACCAGCAGCAGCAUCAGCGCGUCCAAAUCUCAAAGACCUUGUAUUCCGGCAGCUACAGCUCGCCGGCGGCCGAGGAGCUGGUGAAGCCGUUCCAAUGCAGCGUCUGCAAGCGGCGCUUCCCGCAGCUGAGCACGCUGCACAACCACGAGCGGACCCACAUCGAUCCCAAGCCGUACAAGUGCGAGACGUGCGACAAGUCCUUCAGUCAGCUAGCGACGCUGGCCAACCACAAGAAGAUCCACACGGGCGACAAGCCGUACACGUGUUCCUACUGCCACAUGCAGUUCCGCCAGCAGAGCACCCUCACCAACCACCUGAAGACGCACACGCACCAGAUCGCUCCCGGGGGCGGGGGUGGAGGAGGAGGCGGCGGAGGAGCCGUCACAGCCACAGUGGAUCACUCAAUGCCCGCUCCCCUGGCGCCCGGGACGCAGCAGCUGACGAGUGGGCUGCUGCCGAACAACCUGCACGGCAGCACGCCGAACAUCAUCCAGCUGGACCACCAUCCGCUCCUGCAUUUCCUCGAUGGCAGCACCACGGUCAGCUCGGUGGUGGCCACGGCGGCGGCCAACACCAAGGUGGAGCAUUUCCAGCCGGGCGGGUCACCGCCGGGUCGCAUGACCGUGGUGGGCAACAUCAACAUGCUGAAGGGCGACAAUCCGGACCGGCCGUUUGGCUGCAGCGUGUGCCAGCGGUUCUUCUCGCAGCAGAGCACCUUGGUCAAUCACAUCAAGACGCACACCGGCGAGAAGCCGUACAAGUGCAAGAUCUGCGAGGUCAACUUCCGGCAGGUGGCCACGCUCAACAACCACAUGAAGAUCCACACCGGCGAAAAGCCCUACAACUGUUCCUACUGCCCCAAACAGUUCCGGCAAAAGAGCACGCUGCAGAACCACCUGAGGGUGCACACCUGCUAGACCCACUCCAGAACCAGAUCGCGACGCGAUCCAGGUCCGCAGCCAGCCAGCCAGUCAAGCAGCCAUUGAGGAAUAGUGCAAUAUGCAUGCCACAUAGCACAUACACUUAUAGAUCGCAUAUACGGCAUACGAAUACGAUUACA